AUGGGCUAUAUGACAGGUAUCCAUGCAUCUCUUUACCCCGACCUCCUGUACUUUCUUAGAAAGGGGCUGCAAGAUGUGCCGGCCCGUGGUGGCCUCAUGGACUCGGCCUAUAACAAAUCCGCAGUUCAAGAUGGCAUUGAGCUACAGGCUGGAGAUGAAGUGGAAUUCUCGGUGAUUCUCAAUCAGCGCACUGGCAAGUGCAGUGCUUGGCACCUGUCCCUCGUCCACGGCCAGCGGACCAGGUUCAAGGCAUUUGUUGCCAUUGGAGAUUACAAUGGACACGUGGGUCUGGGCGUCAAGGUCUCCAAGGAGGUAGCCACUGCCAUCCGUGGGGCCAUCAUCCUGGCCAAGCUUUCCAUCGUCCCCGUGCGACGAGGCUACUGGGGGAGGAACAAGAUCGGCAAGCCCCACACUGUCCCAUGCAAGGUGACUGGUCGCUGUGGUUCUGUGCUGGUGUGUCUCAUCCCUGCCCCCAGAGGCACUGGCAUUGUCUCAGCCCCUGUGCCCAAGAAGCUACUGAUGAUGGCUGGUAUUGACGACUGCUAUACUUCGGCCAGGGGCUGCGCUGCCACCCUGGGUUGCUUUGCCAAGGCUACUUUUGAUGCGAUCUCCAAGACCUACAGCUAUCUCACCCCUGAUCUCUGGAAAGAGACUGUGUUCACCAAGUCCCCCUAUCAGGAAUUCACUGACCAUCUUGUAAAGACCCACACCAGAGUCUCCGUGCAGAGGACCCAGGCUCCAGCUGUGGCUACCACAUAGUUUUAUACAAGAAAAAUAAAAGUGAAUUAAAGCUU